GCAGACGCCUAAAGAUGAAGAUCAGAGGGGUCCAAAUCUGGGGAUUUUUAAUGACCGUGUUAGGCUGGAUCUUUGUGGCCUGCACUAUGGCUAUGGAGGGCUGGAAGAUAGCCUCAGUUGGUGGUAUGGGUGGUUCGGCCAUCAUCAAAGUGGCAUGGCACUGGUCCAGCUUAUGGAGAAAAUGCUUCACCGAUUCAACUGCAGUCAGUAAUUGCCAUGAUUUCCCUGUGCUCUGGUCUGUGGAAGGGCACGUUCAAAUAGUGCGAGGCCUACUGAUGGGAGCUCUUUCUCUGGGUAUGCUGGGGUUCGUACUCAGCCUGUUGGGUAUGGAAUGCACCCAUAUUGGGGGUAAAGACCCUUCAAAGUACAAGAAGAUCUUUACGGGUGGAUUGUGCCACAUCAUCAGUGGUGCAUUGUCCACAUGUGGGUAUGCCGUGUAUUCAGAUUACGUCAUAAUCAAAAACUUCGAUUCUAGCCUGACUGGACUCGAGUACGGCCUUGGCACUCCGUUGUUCCUUGGCUGGGUGGGCUCGGCCUUUCACAUGACUGGUGGUUUUUUCUAUCUGUGGUCCGUAUGCACGCUGCUCUGUGGAAGAAGACAAAGGGUAAUUAAGGUAAAACCACAGCCAGACCUGGAGAAAAACAAGCCCACCACAGCCUCUUCUGAAGUAUCAGAGGUCACCUCCAAAACCAAACUGUCGUCCAUCUCUGAGCUGCCGUCCCGGUCUGACCGUUCGGAUGUAUCCUCCUUGUCUUCCAAAUCGGCACACACGUCCAAAUCUGGGCGUACAGCCGGGUCGGGCCGGUCGUCCUUGACAGGACGGACCCCGGGAUCAAAUGGAACCUCUAAAUAUGGUUUGGGAUCCAGAUCAGGGUCCGAGUACCAAUCACGCCUGUCCUUAGAGUCCAGCCUGUUUACUUUGUCAGAAUCAAGGAGCAGCAGUCUGAGCAGUCGGAGCAGCCGCACAGUGUCCUCGCUGUCUGGCAGUUUGAGAAACGGAGUUACACCUUUUGUCAAAAACUCCUACAUUUGAACUGAUAAAUUAAAAUGUCGAAU